AUGUCUGCCCGAAAGAAGCCGGCUGUGCUCACUAAGCACGCGCUACUAACACGUGGUGGUAGAAUUUUAGCUUUGAUCCCUACUGAAAAUGCACUCUCUGAUGAUGGUAAUGCAUCUGACGUCGAUGAUGAAUUAUUGGGCUCUCAAGUUUCGCAUUCAGACUCAUCUUCCCCAGCCCCAUCUAUUGCGAGUUCUUUAGAAAGACUGAAUAUAUUAGAUUCCGAUGAUGAAAGCUCAACCGAUGAGAAUGUUCGGCUUACGCCUGUAUUCCAAGAAGUAUACCCGAAUCCAUCGCUUGAGCCCGAUUGCAGUACUAUUCCGAUAAUAAGCGACAUUCCAACACUGACUGCAACCCCUGCCACGCCUGCAACUCCUGGCACUCCUGCUACUCUAAAUCCUGUAUCUCAAGUCGCUUCUGCAUCACAAGCUUCGCCUGCACAACCUUCAGUGUCCAUACUUAGCACCCCCACUACAUCCUCUACAUUGCCAAAUCGUCUAAUUAGAAAAACACGAUCGAAAAGACCGACGGUUCCUGUUGCUAAACGCUCACGCAGAAUCAAAAAGUUCGUUCUGUGCUAUAAAUGGAAAAGGGCUGCUGUUUUUCGACACAAAGCAACUGUGGAAGAUGUACCAGAAAUCGAUUCUCAGACACCUACUAUUCCCUUGGACUAUUUUUACAAGUUUUUUUCCCCAGACGUUAUAACUGACAUUGUAGAACAAACAAAUGCGUAUUCAGUGGAAAAAACCGGACGAUCGAUUGAAUUAGUUGAAGACGAACUUCGAGAUUUUCUGGCUAUUCACAUCAUCAUGGGGGUCGUGUCCAUGCCUUCAUGUACAGACUGUUGGAGUCUGCAAUAUAGAUUCGAUGCAGUUUUACGUGCGGAAAAAGAAAUGAAGAAAAAGCCUCGAGGAGCUUAUGAUCAAGCAGUUUGUGACAAAAAUCGCCUGGCAGUUGUGCGUUGGAAUGACAACAAAGUCGUAACGUUGGUCAGUACUUAUGUAGGUACAGAACCGGUAGAGAAAAUCACGGCUUUUAGGUACGAAAUCUAUGAAGGACUCAAAAAGAAUAGACGUGCUGUGAAACACCCACUCGACAUCAAAAAACGACCACAAAAAGCGAUACAACCAGUUCCCGUUGAGUCCUCGCGAUUUGACAAUGUGGGUCAUUUCAUGACCAUGACAUCUCAGGAGGAAGAUAAAAGAGGGAAACAUAAAAACCACCCCAAAGUAGACCUUGCAGUUAAAGAGAGUGUUGUUCAAUUCAUCAAUUCUAUUCCUCGUAUUGAAUCGCACUAUCUCCGAGCUCAAACUACACGGGAAUACAUUCUUAGCGAGAGGUCGUUAGCAGACAUUUACCGAGAUUAUAAGGAUUUACGGCAAGCAAGUAACUUACCAUUUGCUUCUGAAUCAACAUUUCAGCGGAUAUUCAACUUCGACUUUAACAUCGGAUUUUUUAGUCCAAAAAAAGAUUUGUGUGAUUUGUGUGAGAGUUAUAAAAAUGCAAAUGCCGAAGAAAAAAUGAAACUGCAACAAAGCUAUGAACUGCAUCUGCUUGAGAAGGACAUGGCGCGACGUGAGAAGGAAAAGGACAAACAAGAAAAAGGUGCUAUAGUCGUUGUAAUAAUGUUCUCGUCCCUAAUAGACGCGGCGCGGAACUCGCCAUUCCGCGGCCCCCUCACCCCCGCAAACUGCCAGACUUCAACAUCAGCACCCUUAGAAAGCUCACAGAAUGGCAUGGCUGCCGCUGCCCAGGUGCAAGGAGACUCCUGCGAGUUCGCUUCCGGCAAAUAUUUCGCGCUAUGCGGUGUCGGCGGUAUCCUGUCAUGCGGUAUCACACACACUGCCGUGGUGCCCCUCGACUUGGUGAAAUGCCGUCUCCAGGUUGACCCUGACAAAUAUAAGAACGUCGUCAACGGCUUCAAGGUGUCAGUCCGAGAGGAAGGCUUAAGAGGUCUUGCUAAAGGAUGGGCACCCACCUUCUUUGGUUACUCGCUACAGGGUCUCUGCAAGUUCGGUCUGUAUGAAGUGUUCAAGGUGCAAUACUCCAGCAUGUUGGACGAAGAGACAGCAUAUGUAUACCGUACAUUCCUGUACUUAGCUGCUUCAGCAUCAGCGGAGUUCUUUGCUGAUAUUGCUCUGUCACCUUUGGAAGCCGCUAAGGUCCGCAUCCAAACCAUGCCUGGUUUUGCCAGCACCUUACGUGAAGCGUGGCCCAAGAUGGUCCAGAAUGAAGGCUACGGCACCUUCUACAAAGGUUUAGUCCCACUGUGGGGUCGCCAGAUCCCUUACACCAUGAUGAAGUUCGCCUGCUUCGAGAAGACUGUCGAACUUUUGUACAAGUUCGUAGUACCCAAGCCCCGUGACCAGUGCUCAAAGGCUGAGCAGUUGGUGGUGACAUUCGCUGCCGGUUACAUCGCUGGUGUCUUCUGCGCCAUUGUCUCCCACCCUGCUGACACCAUCGUGUCUAAGCUUAACCAGGACAAAACAGCAACCGCUGGUUCUAUUGUAAGCAAACUCGGCUGGGCCGGAGUAUGGAAGGGUCUUGGACCUAGGAUAGUCAUGAUCGGUACCCUCACGGCUCUGCAGUGGUUCAUCUAUGACGCAGUCAAGGUCUGGCUGCGCAUGCCCCGACCACCACCAGCGGAGAUGCCAGAGUCUAUGCGCAAGCGACUAGAAGCCGAAGAGGCCGCCAAGUCAAAGUGA